AUGAUCAAUCAAACCACAAACCUAUUCAGCUAACUAGCUAAUCAAUAUUUGAAAGGGGAGAUCGAGCAAGAUGUAAUUACAGAUCCAGAAAUCCAGAAGAUUGUUCAUGGUCUCCAAAAGAAGAGUGAGACAACCAAAAGUAAAACACUAUCGGAACUCAAAACUAUAUUGCCAAACAAAUCACAAGAAUUCUUCGAUCAAUUCACACCUACAUUUGUAAAUAUAUAUAGAAGAUAUGUUGAUAAUGAGUAUGAAAGAAGAGUUUUGGAAUUGGCCAAUCAAGUGUUAUCCUUAAUUUGUGAAUACGGAAAAAAAUCCUUAUCCAAGAAGUUCAAACAAUUGUUUCCACAAUGGUUUAUUAUGAUCAACGAUUACAAUUCCGAAAUCUCAACUGCUGCCAUGAACGCCUUUCAAGUUGCCUUCCCAACUAAAGAAAAAUAAGUGCAAGCUAUCAAAAUGUGCAGUGAUCAAUACAUAAUUGACUUGAAGUUGUACCUGUCCCUCUCCAUAGCCACUAUCAAAUAGGAAUCCAAUCUGGAAGAUGAAAAAGUUGAUCACAUCUAUGAGAGAUUGAAAGUAUCAACAAUCAACUCCAUCAAAACAGCCAUACAAUGGAAUCCCGAUAAUGACUUCAUCGAAUAAAUCAUGAAACUACUCGAUUUUACUAACAAGACUACCAUCAUUGUAGAAUUGCUCAACACUCAGAAGACCAGAAUUGUAGCAACCAUCAUUGAAACACUCCAUUUUCUCUUGUCAAAUGAAGUAUCAGCUCCCUUUGUCCUCAAUAAAAGCGAUCCCUUGCUCAAAAAGACUGUUUAACUCUUCGAACAAAAAGAUCGCUUGAUUGUAAGUGCAUUAUGGAAAGGAUUUGUUACUAAGUUAUUCCAAAGAGUUCAAUAGGAUCAGAUCUUAAAACUCUAAGGCCUUGAAAAUAAAUCUUUGGAGUUAAUAUCCAAAGCUGGUUUUGGAGUUGGUAAAUUAUUGUAUGAUCAAUUGGUCGUAUUUGUAUCUCUGAAUCCUGUCUACAGCGUGGUUGAUAUUAAAAAGGAGGAGGUUUACAGAUAGAAAUUGGCCUCCAUGACAAAAUUACUCAAUGCCAUACUGUCUGGUAUUACUCAUGAAGAAAGCAGAUUUUUUUCAGAAAACCUAAUCAAUAGUUAUUUUGAAACACUCUACUUUCUAAUUUGCAAGAGAAUGAUUCCUCCUCUGGUGCAAUAUAAUCAAUGUUUAGGAUAGGUUAAAAAUAUCAUUGUGCAAUCAAUCAGAUCAGUCCUCUAAAAUACUCUGUCUCAAUAAGGUGGUUAAGCAUAUAAUCAUAGUCCAUAUAAAUAAGUGCCAGCUAGUUUGUUGUAGUUCUUGAAUAUUUUAAAGGUCAAAGAGGAAUAAUAAGAAUUCUUGAAUGAAAUCAUAAAAGCUAUUACCGCUGAGUUCAAGACUCUGUAAUUGGAUGAUUAUUCAGUGUUUGUGAACAUAAUUUAAUAGCUACUCAAAGUAAAGGAGGAGAGUCCUGCCUAUCAAGCUGUUUAACAGUAUCUGAUUUCAGUUUUCGAUGAAAUCUACAACAAUAAUGAUUUUGACAAAGGGUCUUAGCUGUUUGAAAUCAUACCAAAUUCUAAGAAUUUUAAGAGGGAGAACUUUGGUUAAAAGAUUUAGGAAAUAAUCAAUAAUUUGUUUAGUUCCAUUGAAAUGGUUUCAUCAGAAGAAGUAUUGAAGAGAUGUGCCUAGAUUAAGAUAUGCAUCUAUAACUUACAAAGAAUAAAUCAAUAACAAUUAAUUGAAUCCAUUUUAUAAAAGAUCAUUACUCAAGAGUACAAGUAAGUAAUUCCAAAAGAAGAAUAGCAAUCUUUCAAAUUAAAAUGGAUUUGCUUACACAAUCUUGUUGACGCAAGUCUCGAUCCAUAAUUUUAUCAAAAGUAUUUAACUAUGAAAGAUUCUCAGUUAGAAUACAAUCUCAUUGAGAAAUUCGUUAAGUAUUAACAAUUACAGUAGAAUGAAACUUUUGUAACUAAGUUUUUAAGUUAAUCCCUAAGCAUCACAAACUUAAGCUAAAAAAUAUUCAUUCCUUGCAUCAUUUAAAAUGCUAAUUAAUAAAUUUUAAAUAUACUGAUUUCUAAAUACACCUAAAUAGGCUAAUCAGUUAUUAAGACUAUGGAUAAAAACUACCUCUAAAUAUUCGAAGAAUUAUCAUACGUUAUGAAUAAGCUACAGCCAUAAUAGUUAAUAUUUGAUGUUCUCUUACAAUUGUACUUAAAGAAUUAAAGUCAUAAAGGCACUUUCCUCUUUAAAUUAAUUAACAAAAAGUAUUAGGAUUUGUUUGUUUAAUUCUUUUAAACUACUUUGCCAUUAAUAAGAACUGAUACCUUAAAUUAACACCUUCAUUUCUUCCAAGAUCUCUUUGCAUAAUUGAAUAGCCAAGAUUUAUUAUAGUUUUUGAAUUUUAACUUUUAAAGUCCCAUAUCAUGGAAAAUCUUGUCUUUGAUUGAAAUUCCAUAGGAUUACUUCAAAAAAAUGUAUUAAAAUAAUCAAUUGGAAUUAUUGGCUGUAUUUUUAGCUUCCAAUUAUUCAUCCAUCAUGUUGUAUGAUCAUAAGUUGAAGAGAUUCAUCUAAAAUAUCGUUGGAAAUCAAAUAAUUCCCAUCUUCCUAGAUUCAUAUGAACAAUAAGAACCAAAAAGCUUGGAUCUCAUAAAGGUGCUGUUCAACAACACUGACAUUGUUUAUGGAGUGGCUCUUAAAAACCUAAUUAAAUAAAUAAUAAUCGAGGAGAGAGAGAAUAACUAUAGAUCAAAAUAAACGGAUUAAUUGGCAUAACUAAUUGUGGAUUAACUUAAAAUAGCUUUGGAUGGGAACAAUGUGAAUAAGUUGAUAACUAUCAGAUAAAUAAUAAAUGUAGUUGAUUUGAAGCAACAAUUCCAAAAUGUCUUGUAGACUUAUUAUCAGAGUAAUAAGAUUUCAUAUUUGGAUCUGUAUACUCUUUUGCUAAGAUAAUAACCAAAUCUUUUAGAAUUAGAGGAUGAGGCAGAAUUGGAUAAGAUUAUAAAAUUGUUAUUUGAGAUGAAUUUGGAAUCAAAUUAUGAUAAAAUGGUUGCUUUUGACUUUAUAAAUUUAAUUUGUGAAAGAAAGACCAUCACUCCUUUUGCAGCAUACAUUAAAUAAAUUAAUAAUUUGUUUAGAUAACUAUUUUAAUAGAAUGUUCAAUUGAAACGAUUCUAUUCAUUCAGUAUUGUGUCAGCACUUUAAUUUGUGAGAAAGAUAUUGAACUUUAUUGAAGCAUUUCCAAUAGAAUUUAUAGAUUAUCUGAAUUUCGAAUUAACAGAUUCCUUAUUAUAAAUAAUUCAAUUUUGUGAAAAUCCAAAUCCAGAGUUUAUGGACGAAUAAAAUGAUACUCUAUUUAUAGAAUAUGCAGAGACUCUAUUGCGUUGUAUUUAGAUGGAACAAUGGUAAAAGAUCGAUGAUACAAUAUAUUACCAAUUACUCUAAUGUCCAUUCAUUAGUAUCUAAAAGGCUGCAUUUAUUGCAUUAAAGAACAUAUAAGAUCACAGUGGUUUGAGCCCAGUUUUAGAUGGAUUUGAUAUGAAAAAAGAAGAAAUGAGAAGAUUGAGACAAGAGGAUGAAGAAGAUGUGGAAGAUAUCAUAACAUUCCCUCUUGAUGGUAAAAUAUUAACCAAUUUACUGGCUUGGCUGGUUGUUUUGUAGAAUAAGAAUUGUGUUCAAUUCAAAGAUAAGUAUCCUACCUAUUUGAGCAAUCUUCUAUAUAUAUUAUAAUUCUUGAAUGACAACGGAGUCAUGGCAAGAUUCAACUAUAAGGAAAUUUAUUAAUAGGAUUUAAAUCUAAUGGUAAUUUAGGAUGACCAAUCUGAAUUAUUAAAGAUGAUUGUCAUCUCAUUUUAUUAAUUUAUUGUUGCUUAAUAGAGUUAUUUUAAGUAAUGGUACAAUUAGGAAUGCAAUACAACUUAAAAGAAAUAAUUAGAGGAUUUGCUCUAGAUUAUCAGUAAAGCAAUUUACACAAGGGAAAUUGAAUUGAUUGAAUUAAAUUAAGAGGAAUGGCGUAGUGAAGGUUUCGAUAUUUUCAUUUCUAAAAAUCAAUAAGAAAUAACUGCAACUUAUUAGAAGGAAGAAUAAAAAAUAGAAAUCCUCAUUUAAGUUCCAGUUGGUUUUCCAUUGAAACCUUUGAAAGUGGAAACUAAGAAAGGAGUUAAGAUUAGUGAAGACAAAUUAAAAAAGUGGAGUCUAAUGAUAAGAAUGAUCUUACAAAAUGAAAAUGAUACAAUAUUAACUGCAUUGAAACUAUGGAAGAAAAACAUUGAUUAACAAUUCUAAGAUUUGGAGGAAUGUGCUAUUUGUUAUUAUAUCAUCCAUUAGAAUGGAGAAUUACCAAAGAUGGCUUGUAGAACAUGCAAACAUAAAUUCCAUUCAACUUGUAUUUAGAAAUGGUUUCAUAGUAGCAACAAAAGCGAUUGCCCCUUAUGCAAGAGUUAAUUUUUAUGA